GCUGUUGCUGUUGGUACAGUGAUGCGCAAGCGAUCGCAAUGGUGAAUGCAACGUAAUCGGUCGAAUAAAAUGUAUAAAGGCUUAUCAUAGAAUCUCGUGUAGUUUUUUAUUUUAACCAAUAACAAUAACAUUUUACGUAUUCAGAUUAGUGGACAUAGCAUUUUAGGAAGUGCAAGUGUUCAGUCAAAUGCAAUUCUUGCUUCUGCUCAGGAAACUGUGAGGAAUUGAAAUUAAAAGUACGAAACAAGUGCUGUGGCAAAAAAAAAUUGUUUGCGUAGGCGAAGUGCUUGAGGCGAUGCCGGAAAGCACGCUGAAUGUGCUACUGGCGGUUUUUCUUAUUCUGGGAGGAACUUGGCUAAUCGGCAGGUUCAUACUGAAGGAAGAUGUGGUAUAUAUUCCGGACGGAAAACGACGACAUGCCUGGAAAUCCAUAAAGCUGCUGAAUCGACCCUGUCACUGUUUAAUAUGCGAAACACUGAUGUCAUCAAAUGGAUUUUUCUGCGAAAAUUGCGGAGUUUGCUCGGACAAUGGAUGCGUUCGCAAAGCAGAUAUUCAGUUCCGCUGCAAAGAGCUUCGCAUUCGAACGCGAGCCGAUGAUGCUCGUGAAUGCCGACAUUUGUGGGUCAAAGGUAAUCUUCCGCUCGGAUCUGAGUGCUGCGUCUGCUCGGAAGACGUGGAUCAAAGCGAAACCGGCCUGUUUGGUCAACGUUGUGCCUGGUGCCAGAGAGCCGCUCACGACAAAUGCUUCAGUGAGGUUGCCACGAGUCUGUGCGAUUUCGGUGAGUUCAAAAGUAUGAUAUUUCCGCCGAAGUGUGUAUUGGCUUCGCGCUCGAAGGGAGCUCUUAAGGUUCAUUUGACCGGUAUCAUUCCUCCGGAAUGGAAAGAUCAAUGGAAGCCACUGAUUGUUGUUGCGAACUCUAAAUCUGGUAGCAGUGGCGCUUCGGAAAUAACUGCGCCGUUGCGAGGCAUGCUACAUCCAUUACAAGUACUAGAGUUAGAGUCUCAUGGGCCACAGGAAGCACUGCAGUGGGCAUUGUUUGCAGCACCAGCCACUUCCCGGAUACUUGUUGCGGGAGGCGACGGAACCGUUGGCUGGGUUUUGAAUACAAUACUGCAAAUGCAUAUCGAACCGCAACCGGAGGUAGCCAUUCUUCCACUCGGCACAGGGAACGAUCUAUCGCGCGUUUUAGGCUGGGGUUCCGAGGGUCCGGAUGAAUUCAAUCCCGUUGAAUAUUUGCGCAAAAUUCAAAAUGCUUCCCCGGUUAAACUGGAUCGGUGGCUGAUGGAGAUUGCAGUACACCACCAGACGCGAUUUCAUGUGCCCAGAUUUAACUACCGACGUAGUGUCUUCGUGUACAAUUACUUCAGCGUUGGAGUGGAUGCGUUGGUUACUUUGAAUUUUCAUAAAGCUCGCGAAAGCUCUAUGUAUUUGUAUAGCAGCAGGUUUAUCAACAAGGCUUUGUACCUUUGCUUCGGUACCCACCAAGUAGUUCAACAGGAUUGUGUUGAAUUGGAAAAGAAGGUUGAACUUUAUUUGGAUAAUGUGAAAAUUGAUCUUCCUGAACUUCAGUCCAUUGUUGUUCUCAACAUCGACUCCUGGGGUGCAGGAGUGAAACUUUGGGAAAUGAGCCGCGAUUCUCCCACCCAUGGCGGAAUUAUGCGCGAGAUGCAUAGCAUUUCGGACGGCAUCCUGGAGGUGUUCGGUGUAGUUUCAUCCUUCCACAUUGCCCAACUGCAGGUCGGCAUAAGUAAACCGGUCCGGCUGGGGCAGGCCCGCAGCGUUCGGCUGCAACUCCACAGCACUCUACCGGUUCAGGCAGACGGUGAACCUUGGAUGCAAGCGCCCUGUGAUAUCAACAUCAACCAUUGCGGUCAGGUUACGAUGCUUCGUAAUGUUCGCCAGUGACGGAAAGGUAAGUACCGAACAUAGUCAGAUUCUCUUAACUGGAGAAAGGGGGAAAUCUGAACAAUUUCAAUUUCUUCAUCUGAAGAAUUUUACAGCUAUCCCGAAACCGAAAGAUCUGUUGUUUCUGAUAAGAUACCGUCAAAUAAGUUAGAUGUAGAUAUAGAUUUAGUAUAAUUAUCUCCCUGUUAUGUAAGCAUGUUUUUCCCAGUAUAAUCAUAUCAAGGGAUUGACAGAGGAAUUGAAUUUAUUUUUGAUAAUUUAUUCUGAGUGCGUACUGUUGUAUGUGCGUACAGAUUUAUAAGAUGUGUAAUAACUCGCAUGAACCAUUUCCUAUAUUAGUGAAAAUGUAUUUAAGUUACUGAUUUUUAAAUCAGCGUGUCAAACUGUACUUACGUUGAGAGGUUCAGUGAAUGAUAAGCACGAGUUAUUCCAUGUUUACUUGAGUAUAACGAUGUUAGCUACUCUUCCAGGUAUCAGUUGAAAAUUGAUCCGCGAACCGACGAUUGCUCGCGAGAAUUUAACAUCUGGUGAAGCUAACUAGCUUAUAUACAUUUCUAUUCGAUACAAAAUGUGUCUUCUUUCCUAAAUGAUCCUUCUCUGUCUUUCUUGGGCUCUUUGUGCUUUGCAGAAUCUCUACAAUCUUGAUGAUGUCAUUUUUCGUUUGAUUUUGACUUAGACUUGCAUAAGUGAAAAGUAUCCUAGCAAAUCAGGGAGCACAAUUAUCUCAAGAUACCUAGUAUGAACAACUGCGAAUUGAAAUUUAUGUACGAAUACGCUCUAUCGGCUUUUGCCACCAUCUGAAUACGAAAAAAGGGGGGGGAGACAAAUUUUUGUAACAUCGAUACAAACGUUAAUACUCUUUCGAUUGUUGAAACGUACCAGUAAAGCUGUAAAACAAAUGUUUUUAAGCAAGUUAAGUGUGAGCUAUUUCGAUAUAUCUAAGAUUGAAUUUUUUGGAAAUCGAAAAUACUUUUUGUCGUACCAGUAACUAUAAAUUAAUCAACGCAUAGUCAUGUAGAUGCACCAAACUUAUUAACUGAUAUUACUUAAGUACUGCGAUUUGAUUAGGAGUCGAUCUUUGUUAAGUUACCAGAUACAAGAAUGAUAAAUACAAUAGUCAUGGAAGCAUUGAAUGCAGAUGGAAUUCGUCAUAUUUCUGCUGUCUGAAAACAUCGACACACAUAACAUACCAUUUCAAAUAGAGAUAUGUACUUCCAAUCCGUUGUAGUUAAGCCUUUUAGGUGUAUUCCGACGAAGUUACUAAGAAUUAAAGCAUCGCAUUUAGUUUAGAGCAUUUCCAAGAAGGCGAUUGAUAAAGACUUUUCAGGUUAAUAUAUUGUCCAAAUUUAUAUGUGUAUAAUAAAUUGCUGUUUGCGCUUUCGAAUACAACGGUUAUAUACCAAAUAAAGAAAAUAUGUCACUUAUAACG